AUGUUACGGUACUCGCCGAUGCAUUUAAUUAAAACAUUGAGGGGCCCUCGAGUGACAGGUGCUCCAGCCCGAUUCCUCCGCGACAACGGCGUUUCACUCGUGGGACCGGCGAGGUCCACAUUUUUGAUGAUGUACCGCAUGCAAGGGAAUCAAAACGUACGUAUGGGCGCGGGUGCUUACAAGGAUUCGUGUCGAACUUUUUGUAGCAGUGCUGUACUGCGAGAUCCGAAAAAACCUUCCGGUCAACUCGUUGGGACCCAUCAGGUUCAGCAGCGGAACGAAGGGGAUAAAGGUGGCGAUGAAGAGCAGAAGCAAGAGGAUCCGUUUGGUGGUAACGCCGGCGCCGGUUACUUACCAUUCCCUCCUCCAUUCCACACGAUCAAUGUUGUGAUGCUGCUUUUCCUCGCCAACGUCAUCACGUACUUCCUGAUGAACUUUUCUGGGAGUGAUGAUCUGCGAGACUUUAUAGUCGAACAUUUCACGCUGUCACAUGAAAAUGCGGGGAGAAUAUAUCCUUUUUUCACCAAUGCCCUCUACCAAGAGAAUCUUCUGCAGCUUUUGAUUGACUGCUGGCUUCUCUGGGAGUUUGGAAAAACGAUGCUAGGGUUUCUCGGCAAUGCUCGAAUGACUUUCUUUGCGUCCCUUUGUACACUUGGUGGUGGUCUUAUUCAUGUUGCACGCCAAAACUUUGAGUUGUAUUAUGGAAUGGAUCCUCUGGAGGUACGUGGUCGAUGUUAUGGCCCCAAUCCGUUUAUUCUCGGUCUUGUGGGUGUUGAGGGCAUCAUUUUCAGACACCUUAACUUUAUUCAACAGCCGCCCGUUCCUUUCCUAGUUCUCACUGCUUUUGUGAUGGUUAUUGACGUGUGGCGCAUUUUCACCACGAAGCCAGAGGAACAUGGAGCGGCAACUGGUGGUGCUUUAGUCGCGUACGUCUUUUGGGCCCUUCCAACCCGAAUGCUCGGCCUUGACAAACUUACAGCAGCAUUGUAA